AUGAUUUUCUCUCCUGCUAUCAUCCCUCCUUCUAUCACUCCUCCUCUCCCACACCCCAUCGCAUUCGUGUCCAUAGUCAGCGAUGAGGGCGUAGAGAACCUGGCACCGUUCAGUGUCCCGACUCUAAAACGCCUUGGUCACGUCGUGCACACGAGCACAGCGCUCGCCGUUGUUACCCCCAAAUCUUUCGAGUUCGACAAUCUUCUUGAUUCUCGCUCUGUGAACGUCAUCGACGAGCUAUUCGUCGGGAAUACACAUUCAACUACCAUAGACGCCCCUCCCGGCUUCGACGAGUGGACUAUCAGCGGAGGCAAAAUGCGUAUGCGUGCACCGGCCACGGCCUGGUCCUGCUCAAGCCACGGCUUUGGGCUGGCUUGGGCUCACGGCCUAAGCUUGGAAUCUGGUAAGCCUAAGCCGGGGCUUUGAGCCCAAGCCGGGCCGGAACAUCACUCAGUCUGCAUGCAGUAGCUUGCACCCACUGUGCGCUGCCGCCUGAAGUGGAUCGCUUGUGCUGUUGUAUUGAUAUAUCUAAACUGUAUUAUUUGCGGUACAUACAGUCUAACUAUAUAUUGUCCAGUAAAUGUUUCUGAUGAGAUCAGUCCAUAUCUGCGGCAGUCACCAAACCUAAUUUCCCUCGUUCCAAGACAGCCUUGAAACCAAAGUGUUUCUCAACACCGAAAUUCUCCGUUGGGUUGUACAUCGUAUGGAUGGGCUUUCGCGCAUUGAUCUCCUUCAAAACAGUCUUGGCUUCCUCAUCAGCGUCUCCG